UCUCAGGAUAUGAUAAACAUAUCAGACUUAUCUGAUAAAGAUCUCCGAAGCCUGCUCUUUGAACAUGGUAAAACCCCUGGUCCCAUCACCGGCACCACCAGACGAGUAUAUGAACUCCAGCUCCAGUCCCUACUGACUGCUGGGGCUGGUUCUGCCCGGGCUACUGCGGACAAGAAGAAACGGAGGCAAACUUUGGAUACACUUAGGACGACAGAGAAACCGAAAAUGGAGCCUAGGAGGUCGGAGAAGUUCAUUCCAAAUAUCCCAGCGUCUCUGAACAUAUCAGACUAUUCAGACACAGAGCUCCCGGAGUUGAGUCUGACCCCCGAGUUAGAGACCCCUGAACCACCCCAAAGCCUGGUCUUCUCCAACUCACCCCGACCCACUAGAAGGAGAACUACUCGUGACAGAGAAGGCAGGGAUCUAAGUCUCUUUAGUGACAACGAGGAUGAAAAGAAGCCAGACAGAAAGAAGAAAUUGCCAGCCGAGAGUAAACAUCUAUCAGGUUGGUGGAGCGUUCUAGCGGUUGUGGUAGUGGUAGCCGGUACUCUUGCUACUGCGUAUUAUCUGGUCGAGCCUGAUGAGGAUUCCUCUAUAGCACCUCCCUGUUUGAACCUAACCUUUGAUAUGACCGUGGCAGAGUGUGACAGGCUCUUCCAAAAGUUUUCCAAACAAAAGUUUGAAGUGGACAAGUUUUCAGGGGAAGUAAUGUGUGGGGAUAAAGAAGGUGAUCUCCAUAUUCCGUCACCGGCUGGUGGAAUGGAACGGCAACUACUCUUCUACCUGCGAGAUGAUUUCAAUUACAGCAUUUAUCUCAAGAAGGAGGAUACUUACUUAGAGUUUGAAGGUGAAGCAGAAUUAUCCUCAUUUAACCCCAAAGCAGCAGCCUUUUUCUUCAGCACGAAAACCCCGCAUAUUUCAUGGUUUUGUCGUACGUCUCAAGUUUUGAGCAACUUCGCAUUCUACAUUCUAACAUCCGCUGCAAUCUUAGUCAUGGCCCAAAUUGCUCACAAAGUCUACCAGUGGAAGAGGGCUAAAGAAAAGCAGGCGAUGGGAGAAAUGUUCGAGUUGAUAGAUCAGAUAAUAGAGGAGCUGCAAAGGAAUUACAGCAAAUACCAAACAGACCCAGUCAACUACGUGCCGUACGUGGCUAUCCCCCACGCCCGAGACCGGCUCCUCCUGCCCUCCGAACGGACUGCAAUGAAGCACAUCUGGGAAAGGGCUGUCCAGUUUAUUGCCCAACAUGAGUCCAGAGUGCGUGUUGAGAUGCGACGGGUACAGUCUGAGGACUUCCCUGUGUGGUACUGGUUAGAAGCCAGUAAAUCACCUCCAGUCCAACCAGAUAGCACCUCCCCUGAUUUCCUAUACCCUGACUUGGACUCAGAACUCCCCAUGGAAAAGGGUAAAACUUCCACCGGAUCGUAAGUGAAACAUGUGAGACCAAAUGUUAACGAUAUUAACGUUAAGCUAAGAUCACUUAUCUUGCUGCAUUUGGGUCGUGCGAUAUAAGUUUAGUUAGUUAACAUAUUUAUUUUACCUCCUUUUUGCUUAUUUAAUGUUAGCUGUAGAUAAUUUGCAACUUGAUUGCAAAUAUAAAUCCGAUAUUGAUGAGAUUUUUGAGAUGUUGUAAAGUUUUUGGUCGACUUAAAACUAAAGCUUAUGCUUUGAUCAUAUUUGGGAAGAGAAAACAAUUUGGUUAUGUUAAUUUUCCGUUAUGAUAUGUUUUAUUUAAACUCGUGUGCUUAGUAGAUUCAAAACUAUUAAACCAAUUUAGAAUUUUGUGGUAGUAGACAAGAAGCCUGACAGAGUGGCGGAAUUCCACUGUAAAGUUCUAUCGAAACGUACUGCGGUGGAAUUCCACAGUCAACUGGAGAACUGGUAUCAAAUAGCACAUGAUGUGAGCCAGAUAAUGCUGAUUUAUUUCAUCUCAGAAACCUCCGCUUGCAUUCCGCAGCUGUUUCGGAUUUCUUGACACUGCCGAUUUUCCUUUUUUUUCCCCAUAAUUUAUAUUUUGAGUGUUCUUAGGCUCACUGUAUUAUUACAGUGGCAACUGUUAACCACAUUGUCUGACGAUACAAAUAUUGCUCGUCAAGUUAUAAUAAUAUUAGCUAAUUCACAUCAGCUGGGCAUUUCAAACACGAUUAAAAUUUUUGGCAAAUGCUUCCAGAAAUUUAUGGUGAAUUUAGCACAUGUUUUAGAAAUGAAAAGGGCUGUGUUAGUUUUAUAAGUUAUUUUACUGUUUUUACGUUUUUAUUUGUGACUGUGUGAUUUGUUAUAUUUAAGGUGAGCAAUUGUAUAUCUAAUUUAUCCUUCGACAUUUUUGGAUAUAAAAUUGUUCAAUAUUACAUGGAUUAUGUUUCAAUCUUAACACAAAGACUUUGAACUCAUAACUCAUUAAAAGCUAUUUAGUGGAACUUUAAUGAUCGUACUACAAGCCAAAUAUUUCCUUUGCAAACGAUAAUUUAAUACUGUUCAAUCAAUCAUAUUGAUGAAAUUUCAUAUUUACUUUUCUAUUAUUUACAAAAUUUAGAAAUAGUACAGAAGUUUGUUCCAGAUUGUAUUCAUGUAUACAAAUGUGCUUUUAAAAGAUCUAAACGGACACCUUAUAGGAAACAAUAGUGAAUAGGAAUUGAAGCUUCUGAGCGCGUC